AUGGAGAGCCACAGUGGUGACAACAUCCCUGCAUCGAAAUACAGCUCAGUGAAAUAUUACACAACGUUACCCCCCGAAAGUACACUAAGUGAACAUGGCGGGCAUUCUUCCGAGCAAGCUGGUGGUACCGAGACGAGACCGAGAAGUGGAACUUCGACGCAAUAUAUUCCAAAAGCGGGGGACCACUUGAACUUUCAGAUACCGAGAAAGAACCAAGAAAAGAUAGGUACUUUCUCAAUUGCUAAAUUAAUUGCUAAAUUAGCAGUAUAUGCUAGCUAGCCAGCUGAUGUUUUUGAUACUACCGUUACUGCCAAAGAUACCCAUUUUUUCUGGAAGUUAACUAAACUAACGUUACUUGUAAACAAACUGUGUUUCAGCUGUCAGAUCAUUGAAUUUGACCAGGGUCACUGUUCAGCUAACUAAUAGCUAGAGGAUAGCUUGUUAGCUUAUUUAGCAUGUUCUAAGCUUGCUUAGUUAGGUCACCUGCUUUUAUUGCACCUGGAAGUGAAACAUGGUUUACUUGGCCAGGUAGGUAGCUAGAUAGCCAUCGGGAUGUAGAGUGCUGGUGAGCAUUGUGUAGUAGAUGUGUAAGUAGAUAAAUAGAUGUAUUGUGUGAAAUGUGCAUAUGCAUGUCUAAGUUGUCGAGUAUUCCAUGCAUUGCUCUGAGUGGGUUCUGUCUUAAUGUCCUAAGUAGAAGGGGUUUUUUGUUGUGUGUUGCUUACAAUGAUCCAUUGUUGUUGUGUUGAGUUGUGCUAAUAGUGGUUGUGUAACAUGUGUGUGUAGUGUGUAUGUGUGAUUGUGUACAGGUAUGUGUCAGUUAACGUAUAGCUGGGUGUGUGUUUGUUUGUGAUGUUGUAGCUGUGGGGGGGUUGUUGGUCUAGUCCUCAGAGCAAUUAAUCGUGCAGUUGGAAGUGAGAGACCUAUGGCGUGGUCUUGUCCAUAGCACCUUGAUAAGCCGACAAGGAUUAGAAGCUUGUGGCAUUGUUAGUAAUGCCCAAGGCAAAAAAUGGUAGCAAGAUUGUGUAGACAACUUAAAUAUGCAUUUAUACGACAAUGCUGUAGAUCAGCACAGUACUGUAGGCUAGCCUACAUCUUGCACACUGUUUCUGCAGGUUGAUACGUGUAACGUUAAAUCUCUCUAGGACAAGGUGAAAAAAAGUAAACGCUAAUGUGGCUAUCAUAAAGAACUAUAAAUGCCAUAAUGAUUUGGACGAGACUGCCGAAUCGAGGCAAAGGUAAGAAUCUCUGGAUUAACUAUCUAAUGUUAGCUAUUUUGUAUAUGUUGUAUAUUAUAUAUUGUGGUAGGGUUAUUUUCCGACGCCAACCACCAGAACGAUAGACAACUCAGGGAGCUACCACUCUCCAUGAUUGUUGUUGCAUAACCUUCCCGACAAACUCUUCUACAGGACACAAUUUAUGCAGAUGUGUAAUUCUCUCGAGCCCCAAUGUCUUAAAUCAGUGUGUUGUUUAUGCUGCCAAAAUGUUCUUGAUGGAUCUAUGAAUGUUGUAGAGGAGGUGAUACUCUUGUCAACCAACACAGAUUAGACUACUUUUCAUAAUGUGGUUUAGUUUGUGAAAGGCCUGCAGCCCAGCACGUAACACAUUGUUGUGGAAGAUGUUACCACAUUGAGACACAGGCUUCCUGUUAUGAUUUGAAACUGUUUUGAGAGUGUAUCAGAAGUCAAGUCAGAGGUGUGGUUUUCUCACUUCUGUGAAAAUAGACUGCACAAUGUCUCAUCAGAAGUAGCACCUAACCAGAUUUUCCGGUUAUUUUGGCCAAUGUGGCUUUUUAUAAGCCUAGCAUCUGUAGUUUCAUUUCUGAACAAAAAGAAGAAGAAAAGCAUGCAUUGACUUGCUAACGCUGAGGGGGUGUUAUUUGUGUUGCACAAUGGCUUACAUGGAACCAAGUUUGUUUUUGUGUGUGGGUCAGUAUUCUAACUGAGCAUAGAAUAGAUUGUACAUUAUUUUGUCACAGGGGACAAAUAUGUUUAGAUUGGGAUUUGGGAUAGAACUGAAUUGACCAACCUGACUGUCUCUUGUCUCUGUCCCUGUAGCGUUGUUCCAGUAUGUGUCCUCAGAGUCCAGGGAGUUUGAGGACAUCUUGACUAUUCUGUAUUCCAGCUACAGAGAAGCCAGCUCCAACGGGACGUUCACGUACACCAAGCUAAGAAUCGUCCAUAGUGAACUGCUGGAGAAGAAUGUAAGCAAUGAUUUAGGGUGACAUUUUCGUUAUACAAAAACACCAUGAAUCUGCAGCGCUGAUGUUUAAUAUCUUUGAUCAUUGUUUGAUUGACAGUUUGUAGAGAAAAGGAGGGAGCUGAAGCUGGAUGGGAGGACAGAGAAGGAGCUGGAGGAGACCCACUGUUUCCUGAUGGCUGACACCAUCAAGGUGAGGAGCUAUAGUAUCCGCACAUUUAUAUGUAUAUUGAAUGUACAUAUUACAUGCAAUAAUACUGUUACACCCCUGGUUAUAGCUCCCAUGGAUCUGUGAGAAUGGCCUUCUUGUGGGGCACAGCUGGAUCACAGCUCUGGGUAAUCCAGCUAAGGGUAAGGUCAUCAUCCAAGCAAUAUUGGGCUAUUUAAACCUGAGUGUUGAAGUGUUGGCAGACGUUAUUGUGUAGUUAUUGUCUGUAUGUGUGUAUAGGUAUUUCUAAACUGAAGUGAGGAUUAUUUGUUGAAACAUAUUUUUCUGGAGAGUAAAAAGUAGUGAUGGGGGAAAGAUUUAUACAGUUACGUAUCGCAACAUUAUUUUGGAUGUUAUUAUAUUGAUACUUUGACUCCCAAGUAUUGAUUUGUAAAAAAGGUAGCGUUAGCUAGCGCUAGUUGGCUGUACCUGCACCAAAACUCAGGUAUUUUUUUAUCCUAUAGCUUGCUCUCAAUCUUUUUAAAUAGUGACCCAACAUGUUUUCAGUACUUUUAUUUCCACAACUGAUCAAAAGUCAUUUUCUCAUGCUCUCUCUUGUCUCGUGAGCAAUAUGUUUGGAACAUCAAAUCACAAUAAAAUCGCAGUAUCGAAUUGCAAUACAUGUAGAAUCAUAAGAAUCGAAAUACAUAUCGUAUCGGCACCUAAGUGUUGUGAAAUCGUAUUGCAAGGUCCCUGGCAAUUCCCAGCCCUAGUAAAAAGGUUAUGAGGAGGAAUAAGACUGAAUUGUUUCCGUUUUGUCUUUCAGGUGUUUAUUUGUCUAAAUACUCAGACUUACUGCAGGUCAAUCCUUUUAAUCCUGGAGUCAUGGGAGAGAUCAUCAUAUUCAAGGUCAUCAAGGUAAGAAAACCUCGUUGCUUUUCGCAUAAAUGUUUUCUCAUAACGUGGUCAAAAUAUGAAUGAAAGUAAACAAGCAAAUCUCUCUCUCCAACAGGGUAAAGUAAAGAGCAUCUAUGAAAACAUGUCUAAGAACCUUUUGGACCCCACGCCCAAGUUUGACAGCCAUUUAUCCAAGAAUGCCAGCAAAGUCACAUCUCUCACCUCCUAUAGAGCCUAUGAGCUUACUCAGGUACUGGUACUAACUACGUUGCAUGUAGAGGAUAGGUCUCUAAUUUGGAUUAUAAUCGAUUAAUAAACCAAUAUUUGUUAAUAUUGAAGGAGAAAAUCUAACUCAAAUGCAAGUGCGGCAUAGAGGUUUCUUGUAUUUACUGUACGUCUCAUUCUGGCCUCCCCCCCCACAGCAAUACUUCUAUGAGUAUGACUUUGAUGAGCUGAAGGCUCGGCCGAGGCACGUGUGCCCCUAUGCAGUGGUCUCUUUCCAGUUCAAAGGCAAAGAUGCUCUGUUACAAGCCAAGCCCAUGGCUCCCCUAAGGUACAGGUCUAUGUCAAUUAUGCAUAAGUGUUGAUGUAGAAAUGUCAACCAAUCCACAAAUUAUUUUGUUUGGGUUCUCUAACAGGUCAAACAGCCAAACAUCUGCAGGAAGUAAA